AUGUUCCCUUCCCCCAUCCAGGGACGGCCAGCAUGACUCCAGCCUGUCUGUUCACCAUCCCCAGGACACACACUGCCCGGGAACCGAAGUACGACUUCUUCUUUCCACUUGGCUUGUGUUUCCAUCAGGACACAUUCCAGUGAAGCACCCUUCUCUUCCUAUGUAGAAUACACACUCCCCCGACCACUCUCCAGACAGCCAGCCAGCCGAGGGAGGAGGCGGCAGACAGGGUCCUCUUUCCUACAUUCCAGUGAUCUUGGGUCCUGAUGUCAUCCAAACCAGUGAGCCCCGCAUUGGACACAAAGACGCUGAGAACACUCCAUUGCCGAAGCAUGGAGGAGUGCCGUCUCCAGGAGGAGUAGAGGAUUAGGCAGUCAUGUGGACACCUGGAGAAGGACCCUUCUAGAAGAAGACCACCGAAGAGUGAAGGAUUGGGACCCAAAAGCCACGUGAACUAAUGUUUAGGUGCACAGAAUCCUUGUGUCCCUUUUAGUGUGAUAUAUACCGUCUUAGUGAAUGGAUCCUGAAGGCUGGAGAAUGGCUGCAACUAACCUUAAAUUGUUCAACCAACAGAAAGAAUUGACUCUACCAAGGACCUUACAAGUAAAUCAUAGCAAAUACUUGUCUAUGGAAAGACUAAAAAAAACAGCCAUUGUAAUGGCAAAGGAAGAGCCUGCACAGCUGGAGAGCAGGUCCCUGCAUGUUGAAGGCAGAACCAGUUAUAGAUGUGGCCGUGUAUCAUUAGAUCAAGGGGAAAUGAACAAAGGUUAUGGUGAAGCAAGCAGGAAGGUAAUGGUCAAUAAACAUUCAGUAAACAAGUGGGUCAACCUAGUACCAGAUUCUUUGAACCACAGAGAAAAUGUUGCAUUUAUUACUUAUGGAAGCAGUGUACAGAACUUUAAGGCACCUUAUGAAAUGCAACUUAAAAAGGUACCUACACUGAAUAAGGAAAUUACUUGUUCUUAUAUUACAAAACAGGAGAAGACACAUUCGCCGAUGCUCAGAGGAGGUGCAAAAAUCAGUUCUUCCAAGUGUAGCAAUGCCAAAGAUCCUGCUUGUAAAGUUUCUAAGGAUAAAAUCAGUAUAAAAACAGAACCAAUUUUAAUUGAAGAUGAUGAUCAUAAUGAAGACUCAAGCUUUUAUCAUGGAAUUCCAUUCCAGCCUUCCCACAAGAGAGUAGUGAGGCUUAGUAAUGUACCCUAUCAGGGUGGUACAAGUCAGCCAUUGAGGAGAAUGAAAUUAAGUGGUCAAGAGUCUUUGGUGCGCACAGCUGGGAGAUUAAACCAGAAAAUGCUCCAUCAGCAGCAUAUUCAAUAUAAGGAAUUACCUGCUGCAAGUGGCAUCGUUAUGCAGAAUGAUAGUGGCGUAAGUAGUCUUCAAAAAGAUAAAUAUAUUUGUUUACCACCCGAAGAACCAAAAGGGGAACGUGCUGUUUCUAUACCAAAAGACAAAUCUGGAAGCUCCACCUUAAGGAGAUUUCUACUUAUUGACAGCCAAGGUCUGCCUUAUACUGUGGUUGUAGAAGAGUCUAAAACUGCAAAAGAUAAAAUUCCAGCCAAUGAUUCCAGCUCAGACCUUACACAUGUUGACGUCUCAAGGUCUGCAGCACCAAGAAAGGUCUAUAAAUGUCCAGUGUGCUUUCGAUUAUUUGAGUAUCUUUCCUACCUCCAGAGACACAGCAUUGCCCAUUCCCAGCAGAAACCUCAUGUAUGCAAGAUUUGUGGCAAAGCUUUUAAGAGGACAUCUCAUCUUACGCGUCAUAAGUAUACUCAUUUUGGUGGGAAACCUUGCCAGUGCCAAAUUUGCCAUCGCAGGUUUCGGGACAUUGGUGAGCUGACACGUCAUCAGCUGAGCCAUACUGGGGAACGGCCUCACCAAUGUGAAGUCUGCCACAUGCGUUUCGGAGAGCGCAGCACUUUGCAGCGUCACAUGCUUGCAAAACAUUAAGAAGCGACAAAGGACACCUUUGGAAAGCUGUGACAAGUUCAUGGCACACCAGUCGCCUCUACUGCAAAAUGAAUAGCUUUACAAAAUUAUUAUACUGGUCCCUAUUUUGUAGUAGACUUUGAUGGACCAAAUAGGGGGUACCCUAUGUUGUAGACUUGUAUGGACCAAAUGACACCUUAACUAUAUAGCACUUGCUUCCCGUAAGGGAAGCCCCAAAUUUUUUUUUUUUUUUAAACAUUGCACAUCGAUUUAUAUUACUGUAGCAAUCCAUUUAAUAACUAACCUUGUAUUCCUCAGUGUAGAGUGUGCAGUUAGAACGGUGCUUCCCUUGUUUUUACUAAUGAAGCAUAUUUGUACAUUUAAACGAAAGAAACACCUUAAACAUUUUGUGAGUGUGAAAUACUAGAUAUGCAUUACACUGGAGCUCUCAGAUAAGCUUGAUGCCUACAUUUAAAUGGCUAAGACACCACAAAAUGAAUUACAUUAAGCACUUAUACAAAAUAUUUUGCAUUCAGAAACUUGUACAUUAAAAGUGUACUGUCGCCUAUCAUUUACAAUACAGAAUUUGACUAAAUGUCAAAAGCACUAUUCUUAGAAGGGUUUUUUGUUCAGGAUGGGUUCAAACUAAAAGGUCUUAUCUCUGCAAUCCUGGUAUGACGCAGUGGAUCCCUUUUUCCCUGCUGCUGUGUAGAAAGCUAUAUCUUAAUAUUAUGCCUAGUACACACGAUCAGAAAAUCAGAUGAAAAAUACAGCUUUCCAAGCGAUCAUACGAUAAUCUGAUCAUUAGUACACAGCUUUUGAGAGCCGAUCACGACAGUACAUUCGAAAUUAUCCAUGAAAAUGUUUCUUUUACGAUACGAGAACAAACGAUUUUUGUUUAAUCAGUACAGUAAUUGUCCGAAAAAAAUCAUA